ACCAAUUGGAGAACGCUCUGUGACGUCGUCGUGACGUCGGGAAUUCCUCUCCCUGAGGUGCUUGGUGAAGCGGAGCUUUGGAUGAAGCGGCACGUAGUGUAUCCACGUGAGGUGGCGGGGACAAGUUGACAAUGUUUCCGGGACAAGCUUCCAUCAUCAUCAUCAACAUCAUCAUCACCGUCGUCGUCCUCCGACCAUCGUCACCGAGCAGGAAGAUGCAUCUGCUCUCUUCACGUCCCUGAGAAGAAGCUAAGUAAAUAGAGAGAAAACAUGGUCAUCCGCAUUGGCUGACCGUAAACACAACAUCUUUCUGAGAAGCGGGAUCCCCUUCAGCCAGGCCGCCGACAUCAACGUUGUCUCGCCAUGUCUGCCUUGUUUCCCGAUGCUCUGGAAGCGGCCGAGCCAGUGGAGGGCCUCCCGCUGGCCUCCCUGCAGCCGUCGUCCGAGCUGGAAGAAGAGGAAGAAGCCGAUGUGUCGGUGGAGCGAGGCCCGAAGAGACGGGGCCGCUAUCGCCAGAGCAUCCAGCUUGUGAAGCCCUUCAGGAUAACACACAAACACCAGCACCCGGUUGAUAACGCCGGGCUCUUCUCUUUUUUGACCAUGCACUGGCUCACGCCGCUGGCACUGAAAGCCUACAAGACGUCCAGCUUGUCAAUAGACGACGUGUGGGGGCUGUCCUGCCACGAAGCCUCAGAAGUCAACUUCCAAAGGCUGGAGUCGCUGUGGCACGAUGAACUGAAAAGACGAGGGCGCGAGGGGGCAUGCCUAACAAGAGUCUUUUGGAGGUUCUGCCAGACCCGAAUACUGGUCGCCAUCUUCGCCCUCCUCCUCACAAUGGUGGCAGGCUUUGUCGGGCCCGCCCUAUUAAUCCGGGCCCUGCUGGAGUAUUCCCAAAGCUCCGAGAACGGCGUCCAAUAUGGCCUCUGCUUGGUCGCCGGCAUCUUUGCCAUGGAGCUAAUCCGCUCCUGGUCUCUGGCGCUAAUGUGGGCCGUCAACUAUCGCACGGCAGCUCGCCUUCGCGGGGCGGCGCUCACGUUUGCCUUCAACAAGAUCCUGCGCCUGCGUAAUACCAAAGACAUCAGUCCGGGCGAGCUGCUCAAUAUCUGCUCCAAUGAUGGCCAGCGUCUCUAUGAGGCCGUCUCAUUUGGCUGCCUGCUGGCUGGGGGGCCGCUGGUGGGCAUCCUGGGCUUGUCCUACACCACGUACUUCCUGGGUUUCACCGCCCUACUCGGAUCAGCCAUUUUCAUCAUCUUCUAUCCCACCAUGAUGCUAGCGUCGAGGCUGACGGCGUAUUUCCGCAAGAAGUGCGUUGCAGUAACCGACCAGCGUGUGAGGCUGAUGAACGAGAUCCUGGGCUGCAUAAAGUUCAUCAAGAUGUAUUGUUGGGAGGAUGCCUUUGCUGAGAAUAUCCGCAAGGUAAGGUUAGAGGAGAAAAGAAUACUGGAAAGGGCUGGCCUCAUUCAGAGCCUCACUGUGGGAGUGGCGCCUAUCGUGGUGGUGAUUGCCAGCGUGUGCACGUUUACCUUGCACAUGACCCUGGGCUACGACCUUACUGCAGCAGAGGCGUUCACCGUGGUUGCUGUUUUCAAUUCUAUGACCUUCGCCUUGAAGGUCACACCCCUGGCUGUCAGGUCUCUGUCAGAAGGAGCAGUGGCAGUAAAGAGAUUCCAGAGGCUAUUCACGAUGGACGCCCGAGAGGCCGUUUUGAUCAAAACGCAAGACCCUCGCAACGCAGUGGAAUUUCAGGACGCCACGCUGGCGUGGGAGAAAGCGCGAACCCCACCCACCAAGCUGAGCGGGCCCCCCAAAAAGCAGAAGCAGAAGACGGGGGGCAUGAAGCGGGUGCUUCGUCGAGAGAGGCUGAGCCUUUUUAUCUCCACGGAGGACAGCAAGGAACACGGCAAGGAGGGGCCCAACGCCCAAAGUCUCCUCACCAAUAUGGAGCAGGAGAGUCCACAGAGCACCAUCUCCUCUACUAAAAGUAUCCGGCCUCCACUGCACAAGACUCUGCACCGCAUCCACCUAUCUAUUAAGAGGGGUUCUCUGGUUGGCAUCUGCGGUUGUGUGGGAAGUGGAAAGAGCUCCCUUCUCUCAGCACUUUUGGGACAGAUGACCCUUUUAGAAGGCAACGUAGCCGCCGUCGGAGGCUUUGCUUUUGCUUCCCAACAAGCCUGGAUCCUCAAUGACUCUCUGAAGGAGAACAUCCUGUUUGGGAAGGAGUACGAGAAAGACAAAUAUAAUGCUGUCUUGGAGGCUUGCUGUCUCCUUCCAGAUCUUGCAGAGCUCCCCUACGGAGAAAUGACAGAGAUCGGAGAGAGAGGAGCAAACUUGAGCGGGGGACAGCGUCAGCGAGUGAGCCUGGCUCGGGCGCUCUACAGCGAGCGACCCAUUCUCCUCCUGGAUGACCCCCUGAGCGCCGUGGACGCCUGCGUGGGCUCUCACAUCUUCAAUAAGGCCAUACGGGGUGCCACCAAAGGCAAGACGGUGCUAUUCGUCACCCACCAGCUGCAGUAUCUGCCAGACUGCGAUGAUAUUAUCCUGAUGAAGGAUGGGCAGAUAGCGGAGCACGGCACUCACGCUCAGCUAAUGGCUAAAGAGCGUGACUACGCCUCUCUUUUCAACAGCAUGCAACAGGAGAAUCUGGUGAAAGAGAAUUUUAAAAACAAACAAGAUAAGGCAGCUGCAGAAAAGGUUUGCCAUGUGGAGGACGUGGUCAUUGUCCAACAUAAGAUCCCGAGCAAAAAAGAACAACUGAUAAAAGCCGAAGAGAAGGGGUGUGGCGCCAUCGACUGGGCCGUGUAUGCCGCCUACAUCAGAGCAGCGGGCGGUCCGCUAAUUUUUGUCCUCAACGCCUUCUUCUUCCUCAGCACCACGGGCAGCAUCGCCUUCAGUAACUGGUGGCUGAGUCACUGGAUCAAGCAAGGAAGCGGGAAUGCUUCAUUAAUCUCAGGGAAUGAGACGAUGGCGAAGGACAGCAUGAGCCUCAAUCCUCACAUUCAGUUCUAUUCCACUGUUUACGUCGUCUCCAUGGGCGCCACUUUGCUUCUCAAGACCUUAAGAGGUCUGGUGUUUGUAAAGUGCACGGUGAAAGCGGCCUCCGCGCUCCACGACAAGCUGUUCUGUCGACUCCUCCGCAGUCCCAUGCGCUUUUUUGACACAACGCCUCUCGGACGCAUUCUGACCCGUUUCUCCAGGGACAUGGAUGAGGUGGAUGUGCGUCUCUCCAUGCAAGCCGAAAUGCUGCUGCAGAAUCUGACCCUGGUGCUCUUUUGCCUGGGAAUGGUCGGCCUCGUCUUCCCCUGGUUUAUGCUCUCCAUCCUGCCCCUGGGAGCCUUCCUUUGUCUCGUCAACCGUGUCUCCAGGGUUUUUAUUCGGGAGCUGAAGCGACUGGAGAACAUCAGCCAGUCGCCGUUUACCUCUCACAUCACCAGCAGCCUCCAGGGCCUGUCCACCAUACACGCCUACGGAAGGAAGCGCGACUUCAUCCAAAGAUAUCAGGAAUUGCUGGACACCAACCAGGCCUCCAACUACCUCUUUAGUUGUGCUAUGCGUUGGCUGGCCGUGCGCCUGGACCUCAUCAGCAUCUCCCUCAUCACUGCCGUCGCACUGUUUAUUGUCUUCAUGCAUCAGCAGAUACCCCCUGCCUACGCCGGCCUGGCUAUCUCGUACGCCGUGCAGCUGACUGGUUUAUUUCAGUUCACUGUGAGGCUGCUCACAGAGACGGAAGCCCGCUUCACAUCAGUAGAGAGGAUUAAUCACUACAUAAAGAAUCUAGAAAGUGAAGCUUCAUGCAAGAGCCUGUCAGACGCUCCUGACCUCUCCUGGCCGCAGCAGGGAAAGAUCACCUUUCACAACGUGGAUAUGCGCUAUCGUGACAACCUGCCUCUGGUGCUGAAGGGUCUGUCCUUCACCAUCCAGCCUGAAGAGACCAUCGGCAUCGUGGGCCGCACUGGAUCAGGGAAGUCCUCUCUGGGUUUGGCUCUGUUCAGACUGGUGGAACUGGCGAAAGGCUCCAUCAUCAUUGACGGCGUCGAUAUUUCCCAGAUCGGUUUAGACGACCUGCGGAGCAAACUGGCCAUCAUCCCUCAAGAGCCCGUGCUCUUCAUCGGCACUGUCAGGACCAACUUAGACCCGUGGGAUCAGUACUCUGACUCACAGAUAUGGGAGGCACUGGAGAAGAGCCAUAUUAAAGACAUGGUCAGCCAGCUGCCUCAUUCCCUCUACUCCGAGGUGACGGAAAACGGGGAGAACUUCUCAGUGGGUGAACGGCAGCUCCUCUGUGUGGCCAGAGCUGUACUGCGCAACAGCAAGAUCCUGGUGCUGGACGAGGCGACGGCAGCCAUCGAUACGGAGACCGACAGCCUCAUUCAGGAGACCAUUCGCUGUGAAUUCGGUAGCUGCACCCGCAUCAUCAUCGCCCACCGCCUCAACACCGUGAUGAGCUGCAGCAAGGUCAUGGUCAUGGACAACGGCCAGGUUUUGGAGUUCGACAAUCCCGCUGCCUUGCUUUCAGUCGAAGACUCCAGAUUCCGAGCCAUGAUCGAGGCAUCCGAAAACCAAAGCAAAUCUAAAUGAAACCUAUUACUGUAACAACAGAACAUAUACGAUAUAUGCACACACAAAACAAUCCUACAGUAGGGUUAAAAAUACAGAGGGUGCUGCAAUAGCGAAAGGCAAUGUGAUCAAUCAUGCCAGCUGAUUUCCAAAACCAAAGAGCCUGGGAUGGUGUUUUCUAAGGACAAUAACACAUCUCAUGGUGAAAAGGAUGGCUUUACUUCCAUGUCAUGCAGCCAAAUGAUACACUGCAAGUCAAACAGAGGGUGACCUCUGUCAAAGGCACUUUAUAAGUCAUGUAGCUGGCAUGCAAACUUUCUUCUCCUCUGCCUGGACGCGAGUUAGAGUCCUGUUGAACGUCACCUAGUGUAGUGUAGAAGAUCACUCCAUUUUGUUACAGCCAUAAUGUACGAGUCAGUCAUGUUUUUUUGUGUGUAGAAUGAGGCACUUUGAAGCGCCUAUAAAAUGUACUUCUUAGAUGUUUUAAUGCUUAAUGGAAACAUCGCGGCAGAUACGUGCCUAGACAUUAUACUGUAUGUUGAAAUUAGCCACGUGGUUUGCACACUGCACGUGGGUACUGUGUUAUGUUCCUUUUUAAUCUAGAUGCUGGAUUUUAAAUGCUGCACGUUUUGCAUUGUUCAUAUUCUUUCUAAGGCCAUUUUUGUGAAGGAUGCACGUUGUCCAGCUGCAGUCGGACGGUACUGUGUUUGUUUUUCUAGCAACAAAACCGAAGAUUGUUGUCGUUUGCCUUACGUGGUCGAGCCUGCGCUAAACAAUCACGAGUGCAAUAUGUUGCUAUAUCGCAUUGCUGCAUUUUCAAGAUUGCCUUUUGUACAUUAAGAUUGUCAAAUUCAAAUUAUUGUACUUUUUGUAAAUGGUUGAGUUUGUUAAGAGGAUUUUUUUGUCUUAAAUAAAAAUUUUAUCGUAUUAUGA